AAGGAAGCCAACGUCACUUUCUGUCGGUCGAAGUCGAGUGAAGCAAUACUUGAGCGCACAUCCGCAUUCAGUCACAUCAUUAUUCGCCCACACACCACACUCUUUUAUUGACGCAUUGAUCAACAAGUCGCAAGCAUGUCGGAGCGACCCAGCUGGCGCAAGCGCGCCCUCUUGGCUGCGCUUCUACUGUCUGUCGCCGGCUUCACCGCAGCAGAGUCACACAAUGAUCCUGAAGCGCUUCAACGACGGAGGCACCGACACCAUGAAGCAAAGCAUCACAAGCACAGGGAAGGCAAGCGCCUGAGAGCGAAAGCGUUCAGGUCAGGCACGACACCACCCACCUCAUCGCCGGUCGCGAGUCUGCCGGCCGAGACUGCGCUCGCACUGGCCUCUCGCUUUGGCUCGAAAGCAGUCGUCUUGCAGGCCCUCAAGGCCGAUGUCGUCGUAACAUCGACCUCGCUUAUACCGACAUCGACGGAAGUUGUCGAGACUAGCACGUACACGACCGACUCGACUUUCACAGACUCGGACGGCACCGAAAAGACCACCUCUAUUGAGACAACGACAGAAGUCACGCGUACAGUAGACACUACUCUGACAUCGACCUUCGAGAGCACUUCAUACGCGCCUACUUCGACGGAGCAGGCCACCACGAGCUCAAAGACAAGCGACGCGUUUGUCAGUGACAGCACGAGCAAGACAUCAUCAAGCUCGAAUAGCGCCAGCCUGACAUCUUCGACUCGGUCAGACAGCAGCUCUUCCGAGCAGCCGAGCCCCACCAAGACUAGCAGCGAUCCCAUACGGCCACUGCCACGUCAAGCAAAGCUGCUCCGAGCUCCACAACAGAUCUCGCAACAUCAAGCAAGGCGAGUGCCGUCUCGAGCGACGAGAGUCCGUCCAUCGCCUCGACGAGUAACGCAGUCGCUCGCACGUCUGCAAAUAGCGCUAGCGACUCGACAUCGUCAUUGCCUGCGUCCGGCACUGAUCGCAGCUCAAGCGAUGCAACGGUCGCAUCUCGCACCGAUUCAAUAACGUCUACUGAUGCUGCACGGUCGUCUGCCAGCUCGAGUUCCUCAUCUUCAGCAACAAGCAGUUCAGCGCGCACGACUCAAGAUACCUCCAGUACCUUCGUACCCAGCUCGACGGCCAAUGCACCUUCGACAAGUACUUCUGCAGCAGAAAGUUCGAGCAGCGAUGCUCCGAACACUGUUACCAGUGUGAUUACCAGUACGCCAGCUCCUGCCAGCUCCUCUUCGGUACAGCAAUCGAGUGCAGACAACCCCUCUACUGCAGAUCUCCCAGAGAGUGCCAGCAGUGCCGCUACUAGCUCGAGCGUUCAGUCGUCAUCGACCCCCGACAGCGUCAGU